AUGCCAAUGGGCCCCUUCCUCACUCCUGGGGCCCCUUGCGGACGAAGACACGCGCCCCAAAAAGAUAUGCACAAGGCAGUGGCUUCGCCAUGGACCUUGUUACUUUGUUAUCUCUCCUCGAUUAGCGCACUCGAGGUUUUCACCAAUCACUUUCACGUUCAUCUGAAGGAACCCGGCCUUGAGAAUGCGCACAAGAUCGCUAAACGACACGGGUUCAUCAAUCGUGGAGCGGUUUUGGGCUCAGACCACGAGUUCCAUUUCUUUCAACCGGCUCUCUCGCAUGCGCGAACUCGACGAUCCGUUGGACAUCACAGAAAAUUGCAAGGAGAUGAUGAGAUCGCUCACGCCGAACAACUCACCGGAUACAGAAGACUCAAGCGGGGAUAUGCCCCACUCGCCGAUCGUCUCCAAUCUCAACUCGAUUUCUCCGCCGUUCAAUCGCCAUCCGAUCCCCUCUAUCAAUAUCAAUGGUACUUGAAAAACACCGGUCAAGCAGGUGGAAAAGCGAGAUUGGAUUUGAAUGUGGAGAAGGCAUGGGCUCUCGGAUUCACCGGAAAGAACAUCACGACGGCUAUCAUGGAUGAUGGCGUCGACUACAUGCACCCGGAUCUCAAAAACAAUUUCAAUGCUGAAGCCUCGUACGAUUUCUCCUCGAACGAUCCAUUCCCUAUCCUCGAUACACGGAUGAUUGGUUCAACUCUCACGGAACAAGAUGUGCCGGAGAGAUCGCCGCCGCUCGAGACAACGGAGUUUGUGGAGUUGGAGUUGCCUACAACAGCAAGAUCGCCGGAAUUAGAAUGCUGGAUCAGCCUUGGAUGGCGAACCGAUUUGAUCGAAGCGAACUCAAUGGGACACGAGCCGAACAAGAUCCACAUCUACUCAGCCUCUUGGGGACCCACCGAUGAUGGAAAAACUGUGGAUGGGCCAAGAAAUGCCACAAUGAGAGCAAUUGUUCGAGGCGUCAAUGAGGGCCGAAACGGACUUGGAUCGAUCUUCGUUUGGGCAUCGGGUGACGGUGGAGAGGAUGAUGAUUGCAAUUGUGAUGGAUACGCUGCAAGCAUGUGGACAAUCUCGAUCAACUCAGCCAUCAACAACGGAGAAAACGCUCACUACGAUGAAUCUUGCUCGUCAACCUUGGCCUCGACCUUCUCGAACGGUGGCCGAAACCCGGAAACCGGAGUUGCCACCACUGAUCUCUAUGGACGCUGCACUCGAUCUCAUUCGGGAACCUCAGCUGCCGCCCCCGAAGCCGCCGGUGUUUUCGCGCUCGCUCUGGAAGCAAACCCAUCGCUCACCUGGCGUGAUCUCCAACAUCUCACCGUUUUGACUUCAUCCCGAAACUCGCUCUUCGACGGUCGAUGCCGAGAGCUCCCACUUCUUGGCACCAAGGACAACCAUAUGGACACCAAGAACGUCAACUGCACUCACUACGAGUGGCAGAUGAACGGCGUUGGACUCGAGUACAAUCAUUUGUUCGGUUUCGGAGUUUUGGACGCGGCCGAGAUGGUAAUGUUAUCGAUGGCUUGGAAAACGGCACCACCAAGAUUCCACUGCACCGCCGGAACGAUUGAGGGAAAUUACGAGAUCCCAGCCAACGGAAAUCUCGAACUUGACUUGACCGCCGAUUCAUGCAUUGGAACACCCACUGAGGUGAAAUACCUUGAGCACGUGCAAGCGGUGAUCACUCUGAACUCGACUCGCCGUGGAGACACCACUCUCUACCUCAUCUCGCCAUCUGGAACUCGCACGAUGAUCCUCUCUCGUCGACCAAAGGAUGAUGACUCAAAGGAUGGUUUCACCAACUGGCCGUUCAUGUCGACUCAUUUCUGGGGAGAGAAUCCCACCGGAAAGUGGAGACUCAUCGCGAGAUUCCAGGGCCCCGGUGAGCACCGUGGAACCCUCAAGCGUUUCACCCUGAUGCUCCACGGAACCAAGGAGGCUCCAUACGCAGGAAUCGAGCCAAUGUCUGGACACGUCAACAGCAAGUUGGAGGUUGUGCAGCAUGCUCACAAGCGUGUCGCUGCC